AUGGCACGUGACGCUUACAUACGUAGCAUGACGUCAUGCUCCGCCGGUUUCAUUACCGGAACUGGUGGCUCCGGCGGUUUUGGUUUACCUGCUGGUAGUUUCCAAAUCUGCGAACCACCAAGCACCACUCUCCCUCGUAGCUUCACCCUAAAUUCGUCCACGACGACGACGGCUACACGUGAACGCUGCCGGUUUGUCUCAGGUUACUACUCACAAGGCGGUGGCGGCGGAGAAACCACGGCGGCGACGAGACCGUUGGAUCUCCGGAGAAAUUAUAGUUGUGUGGUGAUGGGAAGGAUCGAUGAAGAGAAGUCUUGUGAUGAGUUUGAUGAAAAGGAUUUAAAUCGGACGGAGAUUUCGCCGCCGAGUGUAAAGCGAUCUGCGACGAUGCUACGGCGAGAAGAAAAGCGACGCAAACUACACGAAGCUCUCCUUCAAACGCUGUAUCCUCCUUCAUCGCCUUCGUCUCCUUCCUCUUCUCCGUCUCGGACCGAGUUUGAUGAAGAACCGUUCGAUGUGACACUCAUAAACCCAGAGGAUUACGUGAAUAUCGAUAAAUCAAAUAACGGCGACGGCAACGAAAACGAUGACGCUUCGGGGAUUGCAGAGAAACCGAGGCGAGCGCAGAGGAAGAGGGUAAGGAAGAAAAUGCUCAAAGAAGAAGCAUCUCGACGAAAGAAAAUGAUCGGACCUUUACUUCCUACUACAGAAAUGUGUCAGACUCCUGAUGAAAGACUUGCAGAUGCUAGUGGAAGCAACGUUGAAGUUGAAGAAGCUUGUGGUGGUGAAAAAGAAGCGGAUUGCUUACAACUUGUUCGAUCAAAUGUCCAAGAGAAAGAAGGACAAUUCAGUGGUAAUGAGAAGACGAGGAAAGUGAAAAGGAGGAGAGAUGCAAAGAAACAGGCCAAAGUGAUUUCAAAAAUUCCUUGA